AAAAAAAAAAAAAAGAUACAUGGACAUUCUGGCUAAACCUGGCUACUAAAGAUACUUUUAAGGAGAUAACAGGAAAUUCAUUUUAUGUGUGGGAAUGGAGUAUGUUGGAUCUAUUGUAGAUCUGUUCAUGCAAUGGGGUGGUCCAGAACCUGAUUUGUGAUUCUUGGACCUCUCAAUUGAUUGAAGAAAAUAAAGAAGUGGUAGUGAAAAGAAAGUUUGGGAGGGAGACAGGUGAAGAAGGAUUUCUCUAGUGAGAGCUGUCAGUGAGCUGGAGAGAAGGUUGGUAGUGUCAUCCACUAACCGCAAGACCAAUGAGCGGUUUUCCAAAGGACACUUUAGAAAGCUGGCUGUAUUUCCUGUAGUUGGAUUGAUGAUGGCCUGGGACAAGGGACUAGGCUGUUUUGAUGGCAGACCCAGGGUGUGGGCAGUGAGUGAGGUGGCUGCAUUAGGAACAUCUGCAUCCCAGAGUUUGCCAGAACCAAGACUGGAACACACUUCCCAAGAUCCAGAUGUGGGACAACAGGAAGAACUACCAUGUAUGGAACCACUUAGAUUCUGCCCAAGAGGACCACCUGCAUGAAUGAGGAGACCUUGUUUAAGAGACCCUGGAGAUGGCCCCCCCGGCCCCCCUGGAAAGUGAGGCUCCCAGACUAAUCGUGGAAACCAGGGGAGAGGUCUUCACUAUGGGAAUCUUCAGAGAUGUACAAAAGUUCCCCAUGAUAAUCAGAUCUAAACAUUUUCCAGAUCCAAAGAGCCUGAAGUUGGCUUCCUGCACCCACCAUGGCAUUUGCUCAAAUGGAAGCCAUCUUCUCACCUUCCCCUUCCUGCCCUGAUGUCCAAACCCCAGUGCUCCAGGGAGGAGUUUGGGAGGAAGCCAACUCUCCCUUUCCCAGGGCAGACUUCCAGCUGAAGAGAUCCAUGCCAGGGAGAGGAAAAGAUUUUGAUGCUGACUAACCCAGAUUGGUCUUUUCGGUGACUAUAUUGAACUGGACCUUCAAUUUCUGAAUUUCUGACUAAGAUUUAAGUUGAUCCUAUGACUGAGAGUUGCCUAGGAGGGAGCAGAAAGUCAUAUGGUCUGUUAGAUUUUCAUCUAGAAAGGGGAAUAAUUCUCACCUUGAGCAUACUUAAAAAGAAUGAUGUGAAGGAAAAAAAGUUGCAUCUGAUUACCUUCAGAGUCGUACUUACCCAAAAGUCUUUAGGAAAAAAGACCCUGACAAAGAUUUGGUGAGGCACACAGCUCCAGGGGUCUCAGAAGUCUCCCUCCCAGCCUGGCUGUGGAAACACCCAGCGUGCUACAUAUGCCCGGCCACGUGAGUCCUGUGGUAGAGCCACCCAUCUCUAAUCUGCACCAUAAAUGAAGUAACCCAGCGCAACAUGUGACCUCUCCUGGUGGCACUUGAGCAAUAAGAAGUGGCAAGACAUCCACAGCAGGUCUAUAUUUGGCCUUUCUCUCAUGACAAGUCUGUUGCUAUUUGCAGCGGAGCCAGCUCAUGUUACCAUGCAGCUUUGGUGCCCCACUUGCAGAAUCCUGGUGUAAAACACGCAGGGGUAGCCCGUGGGGCAAGCAGAGGUCACCAGGAAGCAAAGCCGCUGAACAUGGAUUCUGUUUUCUAGCAGAAGUCCUCCGAGUUAAACGAAGCAUUUAUGGACCCUUAAAUUAGCAGGGUCCAGGAAAUUCACUAUUAAUUGUCCAGAAAGGAUCUUUCUUAUACAAAGGUGCUCCAAGCCUCCAGAAUUACAAUGGAGGAGGAAGGUGGAGAGGAAGCUGGGAUGGACAGGUCAGCUGUUGCCAAGGACUUCCACUUUUAUCACAUGGAUCUGUAUGACUCUGAAGACAGACUGCAGAUCUUCCCCGAAGAAAACAUGAGGAUGAGGAGAGAUGUAGCCCCAGCUGACAUGACCAGCAAGCCAAGCGGGGCAGGGGAAGGUAAGACUCAAAGAGACCUUCAAGAGGAAGUAGAUGAACUUGUCCACUUAUAUGGACUUGAAGAUGAUCACGAGUUAGGGGAUGAGUUUGUUGAUGAAAAUAUGCCUGGAAUGGGGGUUUCGGAAUAUUCUCCUUAUGCAAUGAAGGGGAGAGACCCAACCAGGGAGCAGAGAGACUGGAGACUUACUGGAGAGGCAGCUGAGGCCAACGACCUGGGCUUUGGAGGGUGGGGGUAUUGCCAGGACUUGCGGGAAGCAUAUAGAUACACACACGGCCGUACCAGCGAGGAGUAUGAGUGCUACGUCAUCCCAGAAGAGGAGGAUGAAGAAGAAACUGCCGAUGUCUUUUGUGUCACAUGUAAAACUCCCAUAAGAGCUUCUGAUACGGUUUCUGAUGAACACAAGGAGCAUGAAGUGACCCCGCUCAAUAAGGCACUGGAAAGCGCCAAGGAUGAAAUUCACAAAAACAUGUACAAACUGGAAAAGCAGAUUAUCGAGAUGGAAAACUUUGCAAGUCACUUGGAGGAGGUUUUCAUCACUGUGGAGGAGAAUUUUGGAAGACAAGAACAAAACUUUGAGUUGCAUUACAACGAGAUCUUAGAAACACUUGCUCAAAAAUAUGAAGAAAAAAUACAAGCUCUAGGGGAGAAAAAGAAAGAGAAGCUGGAAGCCUUAUAUGGACAACUGGUCAGCUGUGGAGAAAACCUAGAUACUUGUAAAGAACUGAUGGAAACAAUAGAGGAGAUGUGUCAUGAGGAGAAGAUUGAUUUCAUAAAGGAUGCAGUGGCUAUGGCUGACAGACUCGGGAAAUUCUUGAAAACAAAAACAGAUGUGGAAAUCUCUACGCAUCCUGAUUUUGAAGACCAGACCUUGGACUUCUCUGAUGUGGAACAGCUGAUGGGCUCCAUCAACACCAUUCCAGCUCCUUCUGCUCCAGUGAUAAACCCACAGGCGCCCAACUCAGCCACGGGUUCUUCAGUCCGAGUGUGCUGGAGCUUAUACUCUGAUGACACAGUGGAGAGUUACCAGUUGUCCUACCGGCCAGUGAGGGACAGCUCUCCUGGGAAGGACCAGGCAGAGUUUACAGUGACCGUCAAAGAAACAUAUUGCUCAGUGACAAACCUCGUGCCCAAUACCCAGUAUGAAUUUUGGGUCACAGCUCAGAAUAGGACUGGUCCCAGCCCCUCCAGUGAGCGUGCAGUGUACAUGACAGCCCCUUCCCCUCCCAUUAUAAAGAGGAAGGAGAUAAGGAGCUGUGAAGAGGCCGCGCUGAUUUGCUGGGAGUCUGGAAACCUGAAUCCGGUGGACUCGUACACAGUGGAGCUAAUCCAGGCAGAUACGCCAGAAGCCUCAGGUGUGACAGAGUCUGUUGUGGGCAUCCCAACCUGUGAGGCCCUGGUCCAGCUGCAGCCCAGGCAGAGCUACACGAUCUACGUGCGAGCCCUCAGCGUGGGAGGCCCCAGUGCCAGGAGCGAGCCUGCUACCGUCCACACCACAGGAAGCUACUUUCACCUAAACAAGGACACCUGCCAUCCGUGGCUGACCAUUUCUGAAGACGGGUUUACAGUCGUAAGAAGAGAAGGGAAAGCCCGAGUGAAGGAGCUGCCACCCGACAGCACCCGAUUUACCAGGUGUGCUGCUGUCAUGGGAAGUCUGAUUCCAGUGCGAGGGCGCCAUUACUGGGAGGUGGAAGUGGACGAGCGUGUGGACUACACGGUUGGCGUGGCCUUUGAAGAUGUCCCCAAACACGAGGACCUGGGAGCGACCCACCUCUCCUGGUGCAUGAGGCACACAUUUGCCUCAUCGAGGCAUAAGUACGAAUUUCUGCACAACAGGACAUCUCCAGAUAUACGAAUAACAGUUUCCCCAAAGAAGAUUGGCGUUCUGUUAGACUAUGAAAAUUCAAAGUUGUCAUUUUUCAAUGUGGACAUCUCUCAGCAUCUACACACAUUCAGUUGUCAGCUGCACCAAUUUGUGCACCCCUGUUUUUCUCUGGAAAAGCCUGGGACUCUAAAGAUACAUAAUGGCAUUUCGAUGCCAAAGCAGGCCACUUUCUAUUAGACCAGUCGGCCAUUCUGAUGGUGUUUCUCCACUUUUGUACAUGCCCUUUCUGAGGCCUCUCCUGGCCCAGCUGCCUGACUUUGGCAUUCAAGCACCACGUGUCCAGCACAACGCAAGAUUCACAUUAUCAUCCGACAGACUGCUAUGCUGGCACUCGGCCCCUGACCUAGACUCUAGUCCUGGGCACUGCCUGUGUAACACUUAGGUAGUCAUUCCCAGGCCUGGCUGUAUGAGGAGGGCUUGGACUAAAUUAAAGUCCGUCAGGUUAUCCGACUGUA